AUUUCGGUGAAGGGGGGCAGCUCACCACUGGUGUCCUUGGAGUGUGUCUCCUGUAAAGCACAGGAGGUCUAUGGCGUGAGCAAAAGCUCUUAUAUUUCCUUGUCUGGAAGCUGCAGCAACUGUGAAAGCAAUCCGCAAUAUGUGUGGAAAGUAGAAGAUUCUAAGAAGCAGUUGCUCACCCUAGACAAUGCCACCACUUCUACUGGGAGCACUGGAAUGAACCUAGUCAUGAGACAUGGAGUUCUGGAGGAUGGAAAUGGAUACACAUUUAGCUUGAAUGUCACUGAUCCAGUGAUGGACAACAUGGGGUUUGCAUCAAUAUAUAUCCCACCAAUUCAUCUUCCGUCUGGGGGUGAAUGUGUGAUUUUCCCAACAGAAAACAUCAGUGCUUUGACAACCAGCGUCACCUUUGCAUGUACAGGUUGGGAGACUACUGGGAUUCCUCUUGUGUAUAGCUUCAUCCUAACUCGCUGUGGUGUUGGAGGAACUCACUGUGAUGAGUUCUAUGUGUACAAAGGCAGCAGAUCUGAGUACAGUGCAGUCCUUCCCCCUGGCUUCAGCUCAAACCGAUUCAUCGCUUACAUUGCUGUCACUGUUCAGAACCAGCAGGGAGCCUCUGUAAUAGCUCUGAACCGGUCCGUGGUUAUUAAUAUAACAAACACUCCUGAAGGGUUCCAAAGUCUCACUGACUGGAUGAAGCUCGAGACUGAGACUAAACUGCAGGAGCUGUUGAAACAGGGUGACCCACAGCCUACUGUGGAGUACGCCCUUGCCCUGGUCACAGUGCUCAAUGAGUACGAGAGGACCAAAGUCUUUGAAAAGGUGUGGACAAAUGACACAAUUAGCAGGAUUGACAUCCGCAGUAACAUCACACUGGCCCUUACUUCACUGGAGGUCAGCACUGUGGAUGAUAUCCAGCAGAUCUCUGCAGCAUUGGCGCAGUGCACGGUCAUCAGCAAAGAAUUAAUUUGUAGCAAAUGUCAGAACCAGACAUUGUUUGCCCUGGACAACAUGAUAGCGGUCCUCCAAAAGGAAACUGGGCAGGGUAAAAUGACGCCAACCUCCAUUGGGGAUAAUAUCCUUGUCACUGUGGGAGGUCUGAUCGAUAUGACUAAUCAGUUGGUUCCAGUGAUGAAUAAGGUCACCAGGCCAUCCAUGUACAAACCUGAGUUGGUGGCAACAAAGGCCUAUGAUCUGUCCAUGAAAUUGAUGCAGAUUCUGAUGGGUACACGGGUCCUGAAUGAAGAGCCUUUGAGUGUAUCGGGUGCAAGGAUGUGGGCCCAAGGCAAGAGGGCUGACCCUGGCCAUCUGUUGUGCUUUGCCAACAAGUCCGGCUGCCAGUUCUCCAUCCCACCAUCCUUCAACAGUAUAUUUUCCAACCUCAGUGACGUAACACAGGUCAUGUUUCUUGUGGACUCCAAUCCUUUUCCUUAUGGCUACAUAAAGAAUUACACCAUUUCCAGCAAAGUGGCUUCCAUCGAGUUCAAGACUGACAAUGGGUCGCAGAUCCCCAUUGAAAGCUUGGGUUCAGAGAAGGCCAUUACUGUUAGCGUGUCGACCAACUCUGCCAGCAGAAAUGUCACCGUUAAUACAACCAUUAUUGCUGCAAGGAGAUCAGUAACUGUGAAUGUCACCUCUGGAAAUUUGAAUAAAAAGGCUGGCCUCCACAUUCAAGUCACGUACACAGUUUUAAAUGAUUCAGGAGCUUUCAUCGCCAGUGAAGCUGAGCCCUUUAUUCUGGUGCUCCUGCACAACUCUACAAACCCAAAUGAGCAAAACUUCAAAGCCAGAAAGAAGAUUAAUUUAGAAUCAGUAAAAGGAUCAGAUCACAAGCUCUAUACCUUCUUCUUGUCUCCAGAUACUGAUGACACAACAAAAGAUUACUAUUUGAACAUCACAAACUUCUAUACCUCAUCCUCUGUACAAGCUGCUGUCGGAGUCUACACGUCACUCUGCCAGUAUUUCAAUAUGACUGCAAUGAGCUGGAAAACUGAUGGGAUUUUACCAUUAGAAGAUACAACACCAGACAUGGCCGUGUGCUUAACACAACACCUGACAGCGUUUGGAGCAAGCCUUUUUGUGCCUCCUAAUUCAGUUGUAUUUAUCAAUCCUCCCUCGCCUGUUAUAAAGAAUUACAUCGUCUUGCUAACGUGUGGUAUCUGUUUUGUCAUCUACGCGGUUUCUGUUGUCAUCGUUCGGAAGCUGGACCUGAUUGACAUUAAUCAGGUUGGAGUUAUUCCCCUAUGUGGAAAGGAUGGAUUCUACAAAUAUGAAAUCCUGGUAAAAACUGGAUGGGGCAGAGGGUCAG